UUCUUCUCCCUCCCUCCCUCCCCCUGCCCCCUUCUCUCUCUCUCUCUCUCUCUCUCUCGACCCCCUCGCCGUCCACACGCGACCGCGCGAGACACUGGUCAACGGCCGGGUGGCAGGCGGCUGCCGUUGGGGUGGGGCUUAGCUCCGUCGAUCGCCCCGGAGGAACGCGGCGCGGUGCUGCCUCCGGCGCGCGGGCUUUCCAUGGGGAGGAACGGGAGCGUGAAGCGCUCGGGGUCCGCUGGCGGCUCGGGGGCCGCCGCGGGGCCGCCGACGUUCACGGUGAAUCCCGGCGACUACCGGCUGAUGGAGGAGGUCGGGUACGGCGCGCACGCCGUCGUGUACCGCGCGAUCUUCGUGCCCAGGAACGAGGUCGUGGCGGUCAAGUGCCUGGAUCUCGAUCAGCUGAAUAACAACAUCGAUGAAAUACAAAGGGAGGCUCAAAUAAUGAGCUUGAUCGAUCAUCCUAAUGUCAUCAGGGCUUACUGCUCAUUUGUUGUGGAACACAGCCUUUGGGUGAUAAUGCCAUUCAUGACAGAGGGUUCAUGUUUACACUUAAUGAAGAUCUCGUACCAGGAUGGUUUCGAUGAGCCAGUCAUCGGUUCCAUCCUAAAGGAAACUCUUAAGGCUCUGGAAUACCUUCACAGGCAAGGUCAAAUACAUCGUGACGUCAAGGCUGGUAAUAUCCUUAUCGACAGUGCUGGUGUAGUGAAGCUUGGAGACUUCGGCGUUUCUGCUUGCAUGUUUGAUAGAGGUGAUAGGCAAAGAUCUAGGAAUACAUUUGUAGGAACACCAUGCUGGAUGGCUCCAGAAGUGCUCCAGCCUGGCACUGGAUAUAAUUUCAAAGCUGAUAUAUGGUCAUUUGGAAUCACUGCGCUUGAACUAGCGCAUGGCCAUGCUCCAUUUUCAAAAUACCCCCCUAUGAAGGUUCUUCUCAUGACCCUCCAGAAUGCACCACCUGGUCUUGACUAUGAACGUGACAAAAGAUUCUCGAAGUCAUUUAAAGAGAUGGUUGCCAUGUGCUUGGUCAAAGAUCAAACAAAGAGGCCAACAGCUGAGAAGUUGCUAAAGCAUUCAUUUUUCAAAAAUGCAAAGCCUCCAGAAUUGACCAUCAAGAGUAUCUUAUCUGAUUUACCUCCUCUCUGGGACCGUGUAAAGGCUCUUCAGCUUAAAGAUGCAGCACAAUUGGCUUUGAAGAAAAUGCCUUCUUCAGAACAGGAGGCCCUCUCCCUGAGUGAAUAUCAACGAGGUGUUAGCGCGUGGAAUUUUGAUAUCGAGGAUCUCAAGGCUCAAGCAUCAUUGAUUCGUGAUGAUGAGCCACCAGAAAUAAAAGAAGACGAGGACACUGCAAGAAACACUGAAGUUGAAAAGGAUUUAUCUUCCAGGAACCAUUUGGGGAAGUCAUCUGCAAAUGAUUGCAACUCCAGGGAGCAAACUUUUGCAACCAGAGUAAAUUCACAUGGAAACGGCCCUGUUACGAACGAAGUCUUUGAUUUUGAUUUCGAUUUUAGUGAUGCCGACCCUAAAAGGAGGGUUGAUGGAUAUGAAAACAACAGAAGAGAGAAUGACUCAUUGCCCUCGACAUCAAAGCGAGAUCCAGAGUCAAAUCAUUGGACAAAUGAUAUUGGGCAGCGACAACAGACUUCUGGUGGGAACAAUAGCUCAGUAGCUGCUGAAAGGGGUCCUGGUUUUGAGAGGGAUGCUGCUGUGCAAAUGAUAUCUGAGAAACAAAGAAGUGAUAUGAGAAAAACAGCAAGCCUUAGUGGUCCACUUUCAUUGCCAACUCGUGCUUCUGCAAAUAGUCUGUCGGCUCCUAUUCGAUCUUCAGGAGUUUAUGUAGAUUCAUCAGUAGACAAGUCCAAACGAAAUGUAGUGGAGAUUAAAGGCCGCUUUUCGGUGACAUCUGAGAAUGUUGAUCUUGCAAAGGUUCAGGACGUUCCAGUCAGCAGUCUCUCCCGCAAGUCACCAGAGGUUUCACUGCUAAGAAAAUCUGCUAGCGCUAGUGAUUGUUUGGUCAAUGCUAAGCCAAUGUGUAACCCUGCUCAGCUGAAGGAACUCUGCAAUAGUUCAGUGUCAUCGUCAAUAUUAAUUCCUCACCUUAAUAACCUUGUGCAACAGACCAUGUUUCAGCAGGAUCUGAUUAUGAACCUGUUAAGUAGCUUGCAACAAAAUGAGAAAGUUGAUGGAUCAGAGCCUGGAAUAUCUUCUCAAGUCCGAAAUAUGGAGAGUGAUAAAGUGCAGGCUGAGACAGCUAACUCUGAGAAGGAACGGUCAUUGCUUGUUAAAAUUUCAGAAUUACAGUCUAGGAUGAUAACGUUGACUGACGAACUAAUUGCUGCUAAACUAAAACAUGCGCAGUUGCAGCAAGAGCUAAAUGCAUUGUACUGCCGAGAAGAAAUCGAAGACGUUAGGGAUGAGGACAAUGAAGAAACAUAACAUCAGGAGGAUCCAUGCCGUGCGAAUUAGCUGCCCUGGAUUUUAACAUCGAGGUUAAGGGAGUCUUAACAGGAGAAGGAACUUGAUGCCAACAGCGCUUCUGAGUCGCAAAUAUAUGCCUGAUCUGGGGACUAGCUCUUACAGCUGUGGCACUUAUGGAAUUCUUUGCUUUGAAGGUUGUCUGUGCCCCUGGCCUGCUGCCAUCAGUGUGUAUAUCCAUCUUUCUUUCAAUUACUUUUAUUUUCCAUUGGUACAACGGGUUUUUGGUGGUCCCAAGAUUGCGGUUGCGGCAUGGUUGAUUCUGCUAUACAUAUCAUUGGAGUAGCUGUGAUUAUGUAGUUCGUAGGGUGCCGGUUGUUUCUCAAUGCAGAAUAGCGGAAGACUGCAUAAUAAAAAUUGUAUUUUAUGUAGCAAUAGGUUGUAUAUUUCUGAUUGGUGCAUUCGUCGAUAUUUUCAUGCAUGGCUUAUUUGCAAACCUCCGAACAGAGUUGUUUGCAUAUCUAAUAAUAAAGUAUACCUUUACUCCAA